AUGGACUCGUUUGCACAGACCGAGACUGAGUCCCUCUACACCAUUUAUCGUGGUGUAUGGACGAACUGGUCCCACGGAAAAGUGAUGGGCCUCACGCUCACACUUUCUCGACGGCAGGGUGAUCUCCUCAUUGCCUUUACCGCUCUUUUCGUCACUCUUAUCGGCACGAGCUUCUGGAGAAUUGCAUGCUUUGGCAUGCACAGUCUGUACUCGUCGGGCGAAGCUCGCGAUGCACUAUACCAUCAACGACAAGCCACACUACGCAAUUCAGCCAACGGCAUGAGCGGGCUCAUCAGAUCACUGCAAAUGCUCCUCGCCUGGCGCAGCAACGCUACCAAGCCGGUCCGACGGAUACUCCCAGUCAUCACAUUAGCCAUGCUCGUCGUGUACGGAUUCGGGGCAGCAAGCGGCUUCUCGUCGAGAGUGUCGACGGCAAUGGGCAACGAAGUGCUGAUAUCCAGCGCAAACUGCGCGGCACCCGUAGCCAUCUCGAACAACAUCACCGAGCAGCUGACCAUCUACUGGCCAUACAUGACCAAGCGCAUGUCGUCCUACGCCAACUACGCGCAGCAGUGCUACAGCAGCAACAACGCCAACGCAAACGACCAGCAGUGCAACACUUUCGUCACCAAGCAGCUCCAAGCCCAAAUCACGCGCAACGCGUCGUGCCCCUUCAGCGCCGAGAUGUGCCGCACGCCCGACGCCAACAUCUUCUUCGACACGGGCCUGCUCGACACGCACGCCGACCUGGGCUUCAACGCGCCGCCGAACCGCCGCUUCCUGUACCGCCGCACGACGCACUGCGCGCCGCUCGUCGCCGACGGCUACCGGAACAUCUCCAACUACACGGCGCCCGACGGCGGCGACCCCAACUUCUUCUCCACCGCGUACGCCAAAUACUACUACGGCCCGCGCAACUCGGACCUCAACGAGACGGCGACGUACAAGUACCCGCUGCUCGACCGCUUCCAGGCCGCCGACCGCAAGACGCUGAGCGCGGCGGCGGACUACAGCAUCGGCUCCGUCGAAGCCUGGACCAUAUCUAACACCACCGCCCCACACUCCUCCUUCUUCCCCCUGCCCGCCCUCACGCCCUCCAACCAGCCCGCCGGCGACAUCGCCCUCCUCUUCCUCUCCGCCAACGACAUCGCCUACACCGCCCCCGUCUCCGACCCGUGGUACCACGCCGACGUGCCGGGCGGCCACUACUACAUCCCCGCGACCGGUGCCGACGGGCUCGGCCUGGAGAUGCGCGCGGUGCCCUUCUACUACCGCACCGAGCCCGCCGCCGCGCUCGGCUGCGUCGCGCGCGCGCAGUGGUGCAAUCCGCGUUCGGGGCGGUGCACGCCUCUCUCAGGCUACCUCGACGUGAACGCGGGGGUGGCGGGGAUCGUGGCUGAUGACGCGGAGAGGAAUGCGCUGGACUGGUACAGGUGGGCGUCGCUGGUGGAUGCGGAGAGUUUGGCUGGCGUGCCGGCGGCGCUGGGGGGCAAUGGCGGGCUGGCCAGCCGCGACGGCUUGAAUUACGGGAUGCAGGGGCCGUUGGGAGUGGAUCAGUGGCAGAGGGAUGUCGAGAGGUGGCAUGCGGUCAGCUUGGCGGCGAUGCAGGGGAGGGCGGUGGAUACGGCGACGGGGCCGGUAACGGGCGGGGGCGGGGGUGGUGGCGGGAUGGAGAAGUUUGUCGUCAAGCCGAAUACGACGGAGGCGGAGGGGUUGUGUGGGAAUCAGAAAAUCCUCAGCACCGCCUACAGCAACUUCUCCGUCUUCGGCCUCGCCUUCAUCUACGCCGUCGGCGGCGCCAUCAUCCUCACCUCCUGGCUCCUCGAGCCGCUGGUCGGCUGCUGGCAGCGGAAAAAGAGGCGCCAGAACAAUAACAACGACGCCAGCGACUAUGCGCGGCUGGAGUGGUGCGCAAACGACACGCUCCACCUGCAGCGCCUGGCCCACGAAGAGCUCGGCUUAGGCACCUGGAAAGCCUGCGACCAGGAGAUACCCACGACCGAAAAGGGCGACGAUCUGCUCGGCGUGCUGGAUUUAGACGAGCCAGAGCAUCCGCGGCUGAAGGCGCCGGUGCUGGGUGUUGCGGCGAGGUUGGACGUGGCGGGGAGAGGGGACUCUGUUAGGAGGGUGAGGGAGAAGAACAAGGAAGGUCCGGUGGAGACGCGCGUGCUGGAGAGGGAGGACUCGAGGUCUGUGUCGAGUUGGACGGAGGCGUUUACGGAUGGGGGUAGUGUGUAG